GAGUUAGAACUUGGCCUAUAAAUCCAGCUCCCGUUUCCUCACAGUGUUCAUCACUUCAUCAGCCUCUUAGCAACAUGGCUUCUUCUUCUUCCUCCCCAGUCGCCCUCGGCGCCGCCACCUUGGCCGCGCUGCUGGCGGCCGUCUGCGUCCUCCACGCCGGCGGGGCGGCGGCGGCAGACCUACGCGUGGACUACUACGACUGCACGUGCCCGGACGCGUACAAGAUCGUGCAGGGGGUGCUGGUGCAGGCGCACAAGUCGGACCCUCGCAUCUUCGCCAGCCUGAUCCGGCUCCACUUCCACGACUGCUUCGUGCAGGGCUGCGACGGCUCGCUGCUGCUGAACACCUUCAACGGGAUGGAGACGGAGCAGGACGCCAUUCCCAACAAGGGCUCGGCGCGCGGCUACAACGUCGUCGACGCCGCCAAGGCCGCCCUCGAGGCCGCCUGCCCCGGCGUCGUCUCCUGCGCCGACAUCCUCGCCAUCGCCUCCGAGAUAUCGGUCCAGCUGUCCGGAGGACCCGGGUGGAGCGUGUUGCUGGGGAGGCUGGACGGCUUCACGUCCAACUUUUUCGAAGCCGGGAAACUACCAAGCCCCUUCGACGGCCUCAAAAACCUUAAAGAGAAGUUCAGAAACGCCACGCUCGACGAUACUACCGACCUCGUCGCCCUCUCAGGCGCGCACACUUUCGGCCGCGUGCAAUGCCAGUUCGUCACGGACCGGCUGUACAACUUCAGCGGGACGAACCGGCCCGACCCGACCCUCAGCCCGGGCUACAGGACCUUCCUGUCCCAGCGAUGCCCAAGGAACGGCGACGGGUCGUCCCUGAACGACCUCGACCCGACCACACCCGACAAGUUCGACAAGAACUACUUCACGAGCCUCGAGGUGAACCGCGGCUUCCUCCAGUCUGACCAGGAGCUCAAGUCAGACCCACUCGCAGUGGGGACGACGGCGCCCAUCGUCGACCGGUUCGCCGGAAGCCAGGACGCCUUCUUCAAGGCCUUCGCGAAUUCGAUGAUCAAGAUGGGGAACAUCAGGGUGAUAACGGACCCCUCCAAGGGGGAAGUCCGGAAGCGCUGCGCGUUCGUCAAUUGAGAAUAGAGGAUGGGGGACCACGUGCGGAUAUACACUACAAGUGUGGGUGUGGCAUGUGAUGUGUGUGUGAUCAUGGACGUAAGGAUGAAUUCAUCUCCUAUUGUCCAGGAAUAAUUGGUAUGUGUGUCAACCAAAUGUAAACAUUUCAUGCAUGCAUGCUUGUUGUCCGACGUGGAAUAAAAGUGCAAAAAGUCAUUUCAA